GGGCCUUUCACAGGUAGCCUGGGAAGUUGAGGGGUCCCGGGUCACAGGUGCGCAACCCCCGAGCGCGGGAAACUUGUCCCGGCGGCGUCUGGCUCUGCAGCGCCUCCUGUCGGCCGAGGCACCGCCCUGCGGCCUGAGAAGGGUGAGGUCGCGCGCGGCCCCAGCGCGAAGCCAGCCCCCGGCGGCGAGGACACCCGAGCACCCCGCAAGUCUGUCUCCGCGAGCCGCCCACCCUCGGGUCGGGUGCCGCGUCUAUACGGAGGAGCGCGGGGGCGGGGCUGCGAACUGCAGUUGCUAUUAAGAGUUUUGGCAAAUCCGCUCCCGGCUCCACUUCUCCUGGCCAAUAGGAAGUAGCCUAGGGCGCAGAGGCGGAAAGUACGGCCACACGAACAGGCAUGACAGCCAAUCAGCCGCCGGCCUCGCUUCCGCGCUCCAACCCGCGCCGAGAGCGGGCCUGGGGGAGGCCGGGGCAGCUGUCAGGCUAAAGUCCGGCUAGCGAGCGCGGCGGGACGGCGGCGGCGGCGGCGGGACGGGCCCUGGAGAUGAGCCGUGGCGCCGCGGGCUGGUGCUGUCUCGUGCUCUGGCUGCCCGCGUGCGUCGCGGCCCACGGCUUACGCAUCCAUGACUACUUAUACUUCCAAGUGCUGAGUCCUGGGGACAUUCGCUACAUCUUCACAGCCACACCUGCCAAGGACUUUGGUGGUAUAUUUCACACACGGUAUGAGCAGAUCCACCUCGUCCCUGCUGAACCUCCAGAGGCCUGUGGGGAACUCAGCAACGGCUUCUUCAUCCAGGACCAGAUCGCUCUGGUGGAAAGGGGGGGCUGCUCCUUCCUCUCCAAGACCAGGGUGGUCCAGGAGCAUGGCGGGCGAGCUGUGAUCAUCUCGGACAAUGCCGUGGACAAUGACAGUUUCUACGUGGAGAUGAUCCAGGAUAGUACUCAACGCACAGCUGACAUUCCUGCCCUCUUCCUGCUCGGCCGAGAUGGCUACAUGAUCCGAAGGUCUCUGGAACAGCAUGGGCUGCCGUGGGCCAUCAUCUCUAUCCCAGUCAAUGUCACCAGUAUCCCCACCUUUGAGCUGCUGCAACCUCCCUGGACGUUCUGGUAGAAAGGCUGACUCCAGGUGCCAGCCACAGGUGAUUCACUUGGAAGAGGAAACCUAAGAUUCUGCCACUUGGAGUUUGGAGAUAGACUCUGAGGACAAGUAGAGCCAGGGAGGGGACAGGGAAGCCACACGACUGGCUUUCUCUUCCCUGGGACCUGCAAGGACAUCUCAUUCUCCAGCAAGAGGCAAGAACCAGACCCAAGGCUUCUGGCUAGAACUGGGAACAAAAGGUGCUGAAGGCAGGUGGCCUUGUCAUCUGCAACCUGUCAUACACCACCAGUUUCAGCCUCCUGCAGCCAGGACCUCCUCACAGUGAGCCUUGUAGCUGUUGCUGGAAUGGUUUAAAGAACUGGUAUUCCGGGACUAAGGAUCCCCUACUUGUUAGCAAUAAAGCUAAAUAAAGCUCAUUAGGUUUGUA